AAAAAAAUAAUAAUAAUAAUAAAAAACAAGUUAUUACUCAUUCAUCAUGACAAUCAACAUUGUAAACUCAAUUUAUUGUUAAAAAAUUUAUACUGGUUUUUUUUAUAAAUAAUUAAUGACGUAUUACCUUUGGCUUUUAAUUAAAAAAUUUUAUUUCAACUAAUAAAGUAAAUUUUAUUUAUUAUUAUAAUACGUAUUUGUGUGUGUGUAAAUAAUUCUAUACCUAUUUAUUCUGCGUAGGUGUGUAGAGAGGUGAUAAAAAUAAUAAUAAAAAAAAAAGAGUGUGAGAGCAAAAGAGAGAGAGGUUAGACUUGACUAAAUUAAUAGUACAAUAAUAAGAGAUAAAAAAAUUUUUUGGAGUAUUUAAUCACUGUUGAUGUUGUUGUGUCUAGUUGUGUUCCACUAAAAUUUUUUACCAAUGAAAUCAUAGUAAACCUAAUUAACUAAAAAAAAAAAUAAAAGAAACAGUAAGCAUACGGAAUUACGGAUAUGUCAAAUAUUUUAUUUGUGAACAUGACAAUUUUUGAAGUUGAAAAAAAAUCUAAAUAACAAUAAUGGAUUUUCAUAACAUUAACAAUACAGUUAGCGUAUUGUCAAUGAUGGACAACUUUACAUGUCCAACACCAUCAAAUUUUAAUUCAACAAUUAUACCAGAUGUUUUUAAUCGUAUACCAGCAACAUUUCUUAUUAAUUUAGCUGGUUUUUUUAUACUUGUGAUAUUAUUUAUUUUAUUGAGAAAAAAAGCUUGGAAUUAUGGACGACUUGCAUUACUACAUAAAAAUGAUAAUAGUAGAUGGAUGGAAUUAUUUUAUGGUGAACAUGAAGAUGUUGAUACAAUUGUUGUACCUGCUGGUGAAACAUUAACAACAAAUGCAAAAUUAUCUGGUAUUGAUAAUGGUUAUUUUACAUGGAUUAAAACAGCAUUUAAAAUUACAGACCGAGAAUUAUUGAGUAGAGCUGGACCAGAUGGACUAUUAUACAUAUCAUUUCAACGUCAUUUAAUAAUAUUAACAACAAUGAUGUUAUUUGUAUCAUUGUUUAUAGGAUUACCAAUAAAUUUAAGUGGUACAUUACAAGCUAGUAAUUCAGCAUUUAGUCAUACGACAAUGUCAAAUCUUGAUCCAUUAUCAGCAUGGAUGUGGGUACAUACAAUAAUAAUAUUAUCAUAUUUACCAAUUGGUGUAUUUUUCAUGAGAAAAUAUAUGAAACAAGUACAUGAAGUUAGACCAGCUGGUGAAAUAGCUGCACGUACAUUAUUAAUAAGUGAUAUACCAAAAGAAUAUUGUAAUACAAAUAGUUUAAUGCAAUAUUUUCUUGAAGCAUUUCCAACAUUACAAGUUACAGAUAUAACAUUAGCACAUGAUAUACAAAGAUUAUCAGAACUUGAUUCACAACGUGAUUGUGCUGAACAAGCACGUUUAUAUUGUGAAAAUUAUAAUCGUCGUAGAGAAUCAUUAAAAUUAUAUCCUCAUUCAUUUGGACAAAUAAUUGGUUGUUGUUGUAAUAAUAAAAUUGAUGCACUUGAUUUUUAUACACAAGAAGAAAUACGUUUAACAGCAUUAUUUGAAGAAGAAAAAAAAGUAUCAUUAAGUAAACCACUUGGUGUUGCAUUUGUAACAUUAUCAACAUCUGAUAAUGCUAGAACAAUGAGACGUCAAUUACGUUCAUCAACAAGUAAUACAUGGGUUGUUGAACAAGCACCAUUACCAUCAGAUAUAUUAUGGGAAAAUUUAAGUGUACCAAAACCAUGUUGGUAUUUUAAUGCAGCAAUUAUUAAUUUAGGUUUAUUAGUAUUUUUAUUUUUUGCAACAACACCAUCAUUUAUUGUAUCAGUUAUACAAUCAUUAAAAGUAUUACCUGAUUUUCAAAAUUUUCCAUUAAUAUAUUCAUUUUCAGCAACAUUAUUACUUGUUAGUGUUGCUGCAUUAAUGCCAGUAUUAGUUGCUAGAAGUGAAUCAUUAGUAAGACAUUGGACAAAAAGUGGUCUUAAUCGUGCUGUUAUGAAAAAAACAUUAAUAUUUUUAUUAGUUAUGGUACUUAUAUUUCCAAGUUUAGGAUUAACAACUGCACAAAAUUUAUUUAACAGUGAUUCAUCAAGUCGAUUAAAAUGUGUUUUUCUUGCUGAUCAGGGUGCAUUUUUUGUUAAUUAUAUCAUAACAUCAGCGCUACUUGGAAGUGCACUAGAAUUAGUUAGAUUUCCAGAACUUGCAUUAUAUGCAAUUAGACUUUGUUUAGCAAGAAGUAGAGCUGAACGUGUACAUGUACGAAAAGCAGUUAUAUGGGAUUUUCCAUUGGGUGCACAUUAUGCAUGGUUAUUACUUGUAUUUACAAUGACAACAGUAUACAGUGUUGCAUGUCCUUUAAUAACACCAUUUGGAUUAUUAUAUCUUUUACUAAAACAUUUGGUUGAUCGACAUAAUUUAUGUUUUGCUUAUGGACCAAGUGUUGGUGGUGGACAACUUGCUGGUACAGCAACAAAAGCACUUGGUGUUGCUCCAAUACUCACACAAGUAGCAUUUUUAUCAUUAGGUCUUGUUAGACGAGGUUUAUCACCAUUAGCUGGUGUACAAUUAAUUGGUCUAACAACAAGUAUUCUUGGUCUCGUCACGGGUAUUAUAUUACCCCCUUCAAAACCCAAAGAACAAAUGCCCAAGAGAGAUUUAUCAGCUGGUCAUUUUGUACCACCAGUAUUAAGAAAAUCAUAUCCAACAGUUCCAACUGAAGAAAUACAAGGCACAUCAAAUGACACAACUGAAACAACAACACCAGAAGGAAAUUCACAAGGUUCAAAUUCAUAUCAAAAUUAUACUCUUGAUAUUUGUUAAUGGAAUCUCACGAAAUUAUUAAUUAAAAUAUAUUUUUUCAUCUAGUGCACAAUUGAU